CUAUAGCAACCGGUAUAGUAAAUAAUGAGCUGAGAUUGACAACACAAAGUCAGUGCAUUUCGAUCAAGUAUUUGUGCCUAGCAUUCGCUUCUAAGUAGACUAACUGAUCAACAUCCAACAUGCCAGGCAGUGCCAUCUCUGCCGGAAGUAGUUCAGCUUCGUCUGCUACACGUCGUGCUAAAACACGUCAAUAUCGAGUUGUGAGCCAUCAUUCUCAAGUGGAUGAAACUUUAUUUGGAGAAUCGGAUCAUGUCACAAAGAGAAAUGAAAUGUUGAAAGAUAAGUGGGCAAAUGGCGGAACAGAUAUCCAAAAGCAAGCCAAUGAAAGAAAUAUAAGACGAAAGAGUGGAGGCAGAAAUGGCAAAAAUAAUCGUGAAACAGUUCAAGUUAUUACUAAAGAUUUAAUUAGAAAUUUAGUUGUACCUACAGAAGAUCCAAGUGGACAGAGCAUGGUGAUGUCACGAUCAGAUUAUUAUCGCAUUUUACAGGCGGCUCGGGUUUAUUCUAAAGAAGAAAAACAAGCUCAGUUAGAGAUGUUAAAAAGACAAAAAGAACAAGCCAUGGAUGAUGCCCAAGAAAGGAAGAAUUUUAUGAAAUCAAAAGAUUUAAAUCGGCAGAAAAAUGAAAAGUUAAAUGAAUUGGAAGUGGAAGCCAAAGAGAAAUCUGAGCAUUUAUUGGCAAAAGCUAACGAUAUGAGACAGGAGCAGGAAGAUGAAAUUAAACAUUUAAAUGAAUUGAUAUUAAAUGCUAAAUGUCAUGCCAUAAGAGAUGCCCAGAUAGUAGAAAAGAAACAUAUCGUUGGAGAAAUGUCAGAAGAGGAGAAGCGAUUGGAUAAGAUGAUGGAGGUAGAUCGACAGAAUGGCAUCUUGAUACAAGAAGAAAUUGAGAAAAGGAGGAAAGAAGAACAGCUAAUUGGUGCCGCUAAAUUAAUGGAGCAAAUUCAAGAAAAUGAACAAGAGCAUUUGUUUGAAUUAGAACGUAAAGAUCAGGAAAAUAUGCACAUGCAGAAAUACAUCGAAAAACUCAUGAUAGAAGAUCAUGUUAGUCUGGAGAAGAAAAAACAUGAACAGUCAGCUCUACGGGAAGAGUUAAAUAAAGCUAAUGAUGAAAUUUUACGUCGUAAAAUCACCAAGAAGGAUCAAGAGAAGAUGGAAGAAAUCAAAGUUAUUGAAUACCAGAAAAAGAAAGCGGAACGUGAAGCGGCAUAUGAAUUAGAACAAGAAAGAGUUCGUUUGGAGAAAGAGCGUGAAGUUGCCAGACUACGAACAUUACAGGAACGUGCUCGUGAUGAACAGUCUGAGCGUGAUGCUCUUCGCGCUAAACGUGCUCAGGAACAGACAGAAAGAGAAUGGAGAAAGAAGGAACGACAAGUUGCCCAGAGGAAAGCAGACGUAGAGGCCAGUCUGAAAUUAGCCCGAGCCAAUCAAAUGAAUGAGAAAGAACAUUAUCUGGGUGUACAAGCUCAACGUGAACGAGCUGAGUUUGAACGUGUUCUCCAAGCCCAGAAAGAAUUAUUAGAAAAAGAGAAGCUUGAAGAGAUAGAACUACAAAAACGACGUCAUGUACAUGCUGAUGAUAUCCGUAAUCAGAUACAGACCAAGGAGAAACAGAGGAUAGUUGAAAGGAACCUCUUCUUCGAGGAAGGUAUUAAACUGGAUGUGGAGGCGCGACAACGUCGACUGAAACUUGAAGAGGUUAAACGUCGUAAAUUAGAGGAACUAAGGUCUGCUGGUAUACCAGAGAAAUAUUUGGCACAAGUGGAAAGAAAAGUUAAUCAGCCCCAACACAUAACAACAUAAAAACACAGAUCACAAAAAAAAACAUUUCACAUCAAAAUUACCUUUAAAAAAAACUAUUAAUCAAACUUUACUGAUGUAAAGAAUCUUCUAAAUUUACUGUGUUAUGUUGCCGAGAUCAAACUGGAAUGUCUUGCAGGAGGUCUGGACAUAUUGUUUUAUUUUCCUUAUCUAUAAUCAUUACUUCGAACAGAGAUAACUGCUUCACGAAUCAAAGAAGAAUCGAAAUUUGAAAUGUUAAUUUCUUGAUGCUAUCUGAAAUCGUACUAUGAUUGAAGUCAUUCCCUCAUCUUGGUCCUCCCCUCAGACACUGUGAGUUCAUGGGCAAAUCCGUUAUUUUAAUUUGUGUCUGGUUGUUGUAUACUGAGGAGAUGGCGAUGAUGGGUUUCUUCGCUCAUACCGAUUGAAAAAAACUAUCAGGUCUGUAGAGUUUUUUUUAGUGAAAAAGCUUUUCCUUUGAGAAAUAAAUGAGUCAAAUUAAAUCAGCAUUAUUUAAUAUAACACUUCCAUUUAUAUAUUUAUCAACUUUGUUUCUCCAUGUUUAAUCCUCUUUGGUCCCACACGCACUGAUAUACAUGGCCGUGGUCAUGUUUUACAUAGAACUGACCCACCUAUUAUGUAAAUAUUAUAAGAUAGAAUAAGUAUAUAAUGUAGAUUCUAUUCCAGGUUUUUGUGAUAUGUAAAUAGCAGAUUUAAUAUUAUUUGUAUAUAGAAUAAGUCUUAAUAUUUAUUUUAACCUCAUUUUUAAUUCAAAAUGAAUAACAAUUUGUCAAUGACAAAAAUUAGAAACCAAUUUUAUUAGUAAACAUACAUUUAUUUAUUUUUUUUCCAUGGUUUUAAUUUUAGAAAAAAAGGAUACAUUUUUAGAGAAAGAUUCUUAAAGAAUAUUAACCAUGAACUUAUUAUUUUUACCUUAAUUCAGUGUUUUAAGAUAAUAACAAAGCUCUUCAGCUCAUAAACUUUCGAUACUUGUAAUUUGGUCCUAAGUCAGAUUAUUAAAUGUGAAAUUGUAAAUGCCAUCAGGCUGGGUUUCUCCCUGACCUGUCAUUACAGACAGAAGUGACUUUCCAUAAAAAUGGGGUUCUAGGACAAUCCCUGUUAAAACAAAAACAUUUUAUUUUACUGAAUGAGAAAUUUAGAUUGAGGUAAACCUGAAUGUUCUGUCCAAAUUUGAUGCUGUUGAAAUUUAAAAAAAAAAAAUCAAUCUUGCUAUAUCUGUUUUGGAACAAUUUGUGAAUCUAUACAGGAGCUUUUGAUUCCUAAAACAGGAUAAUAUUUUGUUUAACAGUACAUAUAGGAUGAUAUCGAUCUGUUAUACUGUAAUAGUGACAAAUAUAUUUUAAUAACGGUUAUACAUUAACAUGAAAUUGUAUCAUAAUACAGUAUUAUUGCCCCGGGCACCUAAACCUGGUGAACACUCUGCAGGUCAGAAUCUUUAAGUAGUUUUUUUUUUCAAAUUGGCUGGGGUCUUGUAUAAAACCCCAUUUGUUUGGCGCAAUACAGCCCUGUUGGAGCUAAUGUGCCUUAAAACUAACAUUUCAUUCAUUUCAAACUUGCUGGAAUUGUUGGAUCACACAUGAACCAUAUCGAAACACAGGGCGGAACAACAAAACUUGAUAAAAUCCUGUCUUUUUUUUAAAUUUUUUUUCAAACAUGCUGGAAAUACUGGUCACCCAAACCUGGUAAAACACUCUACAUGUUCAAAUUUCUUAAAAGAAAAAAAAACAAUUUUCAAACUUGUUGGGAUUGUCUGAAUACAUAAACAUGAACCAUAUGAAAACUCAGGGUCAGGGUAAAAUAAACCUGGUAAACACUCUGCAGGCCAGGGCCAGAGUUUUUAAGAUAAACUUGCUGGGAUUAUUUGAGUAUAGAUAUUUGUUUAAAACAUGCCGUUAUUAUUUGAGUAUAGAGAUUUUUUUUAAAACUUGCUGGGAUUAUUUUAGUAUACAUACUUAUUUACUUUGAACUUAAACCACAAACAGUUGACUUAAACCCAGUGUAAGAUCUGUUGAUGGAUUAAAGUGUUGAAUUAAUCAGAUAAGGCAAUUAAAGAGUAAUUUUAGUAAAUAAAAUUAUAUUUAACUGUUUGUUAGCUUAAUUAACAGUUUAAUCCUAUCAAUAAAAAUGAUUUUCGCGGAGUUUUAAGUUGGCUGUUUGGUGGGUAACGUUCAUAGUAUAUAAGUUAGUUAGAAACGUGAUAACAAUAAAAUCAUUACAAGUGACCAGUUCUUCACAAAAACAUUUGAGAUUAUGGUUUUGAUCUGCCACUCAGUGGAAUACAUAAUGAUAGAACAAGACUUUGUCCCCAGUGUAAAAUGUUGACUAGUUUUAUAAUAGUAGAAUUACCCAAAGUUUUAAUACGAGUAAUAAAUAACUACUUUUGUUUUCUUAAAUGUAAGUAUUUUCAAAAAUGUAUUUAAAAACAGAUAUGGAUGAUUGUUAAUGGGAAUAUAACAUUAAGAAUGAUAAGAUAGUGCCAUCUUGUAUAAUGAAAUGGUUUUCCAACAUGGGAAUUACAAUAUUCUAUUACGGAACUCUAUAUAUACUGGUAUAUAGCACAUUCCCUUGCAUUAUUUUUAUAAACAUUAUUUUUAGUCAUUCUAUUACAGGUUUGGGGUCAUGAAUUUUUUUAAAACUUGUUAGUAACUUUUAAGCCAUGCAUUUAGUAUUUGGAGAGUUAUUGCAACUGCCAUUGACUCUUUUUUUUUUGAGAAAGUUUUUCAAAUUUGCUUAGAUUAUUUAUCUAGUAAUAAUGAUGAAAUGACGAUAAAUGUGCAUCAAAUUUACUUGCAGUUAUAGACCAUGUCAUCAAAGCCUUGAUAGUUUGUGGGGAUUUUUUCGAACUUGCUGGAAUUGUAUUGCAUCCAUUAUUUACACUAGUUAUUUUCCUUCCUACUGAAGGCUUGUUAUUAUCAAGAGACUAGAGCGUUUUUGUUUUUUUCAAAUUCUACAAGGGGACACAUCAUUGGAUGUGUCUGAAAUUUUAAUAGAUUUGUAUAGCUUGGACAACUAAGUUGUGUCUGGCAACCUGACCAGAAGAAAUUAUUAACAUUUCUUUUAAAAACAAUAAUUCAAACAGGCAGUGUUAGGUCAAAAAUUGAAGUCAUGUUUAUUUUUAUACCAAGUUGUCAGGGAUCAGUUUGUGAACAAGUACAUCAGAUAGUUGACAUUUAUUAAAAUUAAGUUUUGGUAUGAGGUUAUAUCUUCAUACACAUAUCACUACUAAUUUUCUGUAAACUAUAGUUGUCCUAGAAUAAAACAAUGUUGAUAUUUAUAAUACAUGUAAACUAUUCCCGUCCUAGAAUAAAACAAUGUUGAUAUUUAUAAUUUACUGUGAACUAUUCCCGUCCUAGAAUAAAACAAUGUUGAUAUUUAUAAUUUACUGUGAACUAUUCCCGUCUUGAAUAAAACAAUGUUGAUAUUUAUAAUUUACCUUAAACUAUUCCCAUCCUAGCUUAAAACAAUGUUGAUAUUUAUAAUUUACUGUGAACUAUUCCCAUCUUAGAAUAAAAAAAUGUUGAUAUUUAUAGUUUACUGUGAACUAUUCCCGUCCUAGAAUACAACAAUGUUGAUAUAUAUAUAUAUAUAUAAUUUUACCAUAUUUUGUUCAUAUCCUACAAUAUAUUAUUAGGUCUUAUUUCAAUCUGAUCACCAUUGUAAUAACUUCCUGUAUCGAUGAAUGCAGUGAUAAUAAAUUAUUAUUAUACA